CUCAGAAAUAUCCAAGCUCCAAAAUAGUUGGUCUGUCGAACUCGCGUACACAGAAAGAGUACAUAGAAUCUGCUGCUCGUUCUCGAGGCUUGCGCAAUAUAAAAAUUAUAACAGCUGAUAUGAAUGACUUCGGCUUCACCGAAGGACAGCAAUUUGACCACAUUUUGUCUAUCGAAAUGUUCGAGCACAUGAAGAACUACAAGAUGCUUCUCAGCAAGAUUGCAUCUUGGCUGCGACCUGAUGGGCUGCUCUUCGUGCACAUCUUCUGCCAUCGUUCCAUGCCGUACCACUUCGCAGAGGACGACGGCUGGAUGGCGACACAUUUCUUCUCGGGCGGGACUAUGCCGUCGCACGACCUCCUACUAUACUUCCAGGAUGACCUCACCCUCUUGCGAAGCUGGUAUGUCAACGGCCGACACUACGCCCAACCUGCGAGGACUGGCUCGUCCUCAAGACGCGAACACUGCGAAGAGCAUCAAUAUCUGAGCUUGACGCUCGAAAAGGGUGUUGGGGCUGAGGAGGGUCGGAAGUAUUUUAUCGGUAAGUAUGCAGCGAUCAUGCUCGUACUGCGUCGAUUUCAUCGCUCUGUGACUAUGACUAGCUUCCGAGUCUUUUAUAUGGCGUGUGCGGAGCUCUUUGGCAUGAGGGAUGGCGAGGAAUAUGGAGUGGGCCACUAUUUGUUCAAGAAGCGGAUCUGAAGGCCCGGCCGAACUUUCGUGUCGCAAAGCUAAGAAAUGCUUAAAAAAAUAACGUUGCCAUGGAACUAUCGCAACACGCAU